AUGGGACCCUCGAGCCCUACUGAGGCCUCUUCAGUUCAAGUCAAUGUGCCAAUCGAAUCAAGGUCAACGGUGCAGGCAGCCCCGAAUAAUGCCACCGAUCCGAUGACCACGGCAGAGCAGAACGAGGAUUCAGGAGGGACAAGAAGCGGAAGCUCAAAGGGGGAGGCCAGUACCUCUCAGAUUGCCACAGCGGAUCCUAGUGGUGGAGGACAAGAAGCAGAAGAACCGCGGCCUCCUCUCCCCCCUAGGCCUUCUCUCCUAAAGCCUUCAGCUCGGCCAGGCUCAGCGUAUGCGAGCAAACCUACAACUGGCCUAUCCUCGAUCGAUAUCCAGACGCUAUCAUUUCCGGAUGGCUCACGAGGGACGUUCUCAACACCAACAAGUCGAUCGGUCUCCGAGUCCGUAUCCAUACCAGGCACAGCUGGAGGACAGAGUACACCAAGUAGGAAGUUUAGUCGCAAUGGAAGUGAUUUGGACGACAGUGCGAGUCUCAGGAGCCAUGCCCCGACACUAAGGGCGAAUGGAGAUCUCGCAAGUCUGCUGGACGACGGACUGAACUCCCAAAGUGCUGCAUGGAAGUUGCUCAGUACACAAACCGAGUCUGUGAAUGCUUUUGAAGUUGUGGAUUUUGAGGAUGCCUCAAUAGCCAAUUUCGAGAACGAGUUUGAUGAGAUCGAAGAAGUGGACAACAAAGGUGCCAAUGGAGAGGAAGUCCUCCUGCAAUGGAAGUCCAAACUCAAACAUUAUCUCAUCCUGUCCUCCGCUGGGAAACCUAUAUACAGUCGACAUGGUGACCAAAACCUAAUAAAUGGCUAUAUCGGGAUUAUUCAGACCAUCAUAUCCUUCUUCCAAGGACCAAAAGACCCGUUGAUGGGGUUCACAGCUGGAAGCACCCGGUUCGUGGUAUCCAUUGCUGGCCCGCUGUACUUCGUAGCUAUUAGCAAGCUGGGAGAGAGCGAUGCUCAGCUGAGAGCCCAAUUGGAGGCACUAUACAUGCAAAUUCUUUCCACGCUGACGCUACCGACCCUGACUCAGCUGUUUACGAAUCGGCCAAAUACAGAUCUGCGGCGACCUCUUGAGGGUACCGAGAUCCUCUUGUCGUCGUUGGCGGACACUUUCACGAAAGGCUCUCCUACUGCAUUGCUUUCGGCACUGGAAUGUCUAAAAAUCCGAAAGUCACAACGCAAUGUCAUUAAUAAUACAUUUUUGAAAGCGCGGACAGAUAAGCUUCUCUAUGGACUUGUCGUUGCCGGUGGGAGGCUUGUCAGUGUCGUCAGACCCAAGCGACACUCGUUGCAUCCUAGUGAUCUCCAAUUGAUUUUUAACAUGCUCUUUGAAGCCGGAAGUGUGAAGGCUGGCGGCGGAGAGAACUGGAUACCCGUUUGCCUACCAGGAUUCAACAACAGAGGAUACCUUUACAUGUAUGUCAGCUUUCUGAGUGCUUUGGAUGACGAAAAGGAAUCAGAGCAACGGCCUUCUACUGCGAAUAGCAGCAGUCGAGAAGAUGAAAUUGCGGUCUUGCUCAUCAGUGCGGACAAAGAAAGCUUCUACGACUUGAAGCAAAUGCGGGAUGAUGUUGUAGCCCAGCUAUACAAUAAUGGCAGCAUGCAAAUAAUUAAGACAGCUGUCCGCCAGGGCCGCCCUAGCACAACAGACAUUGUGCCUGGAACACCGUUACGACACUUCCUCUACAAAUCACGGUCGAAUGUCCAGUUCACGAUGCCAUCGUUCUCUCCCCACUUCAGCACCCCAGUAGCCAGAAGAAAACUCAUGACGCUCUACCACAAUCUACAUGCCUCCACCCAUGCCAAGCAUGCCCAUCUCAAGGUCCUGCACUGUGUGAGCCGAGAUAGUAUCUCGCUAGCGUGGACAACGCCGUUGUUCGAGUUCUACUGCGUCGCAGGACCGAAUGCAUCUCGGGCUGGCCUCGCCCAAGGUGCGAACAAGGUCAUUCAGUGGGUGAAGAGGGAGGAAGAACGAGUCUUCAUCAUUGGUGGUGCUGUAUUCUAG